GGAGAAGCGCAGAAUAUCAAAAGCCAUUAACGCCUCCCAAAAUUUAAAAAAAAAAAUCCGAAACAGAAACAACAAAAAAAAAAUAAGUGAGCAACAAAAAUAAUAAACUGCUAGAGAAGAAAAUGAAUCGAUAAAACAUAUAAACAAGGUAAUAAGAGACAGAGAGAGAGACGGAGAUAAAACGAAAACAAUUAUUGAAAAUCAACAUAAACACUUAAAAAUAAAAAUCAUAAUAACCAUCGUCAACAACAACAGCAAUUAUAAAAAAAAGUUUUUUAUUUCAGUUGCUUUCGCGCAAAACAGGGAGCACAAGGUUAAACGAAGAGGAGAGACAAUAGCCGUAAAGGGGUUAUGACGGCCACAACAGUGCAGCCCACGCAGCAGACGACGGCGAGAAUGGAGCAAGUGAAGAUGUCGCGACACUUGUCGCAGUCAAGUUCGUGCACCAGUGUAAGCACCCUUACGACUCCGGAACUUUGCGAAAUCUUCUAUGUGGAGAAUCGACGUAAACAGCAUAUGAAGAUCGAGGUGCGGUUGUGUUCCCAGGGCGUCUAUUUGCGCCGCCAAACCGAGACCGAGUACGUUAACGAGCAGCUGAUACCCAUUGAGGACAUCAUUGGAUCUCGUUGUGGGCCGCGUCUCAAGAAACGUGCUCGCGGCGGUCUCAGUUCCUGCAAGAAUCCCAGCGAAACACAGAACGAUGAGCCGGCGGCUCCACAGGCUGACGCCGAUAAUAGUGCAUAUCUUUAUAUCUACGCCUAUUUGAAGCAGGAGAAGCCGCUGCGACGAAUACAGACUUUGCGGAUCUUACGCUUUCGCUCAAACAGUGACUAUGGCUCCAAUUUACGGACCGCUGCGAUCUGGCAUCGGAGUAUACGGGAGCACAAGAUGAGGUCCAGCAGUAGAAGCUGGGACUCGGAUGGCAAGCAGCUGCUCAUCUUGCUCAAUCCCAAGUCGGGUUCGGGCAAAGGGCGCGAGCUCUUCCAAAAGCAGGUAGUGCCACUGCUGCGCGAGGCGGAAAUACAAUAUGAGUUGCACAUCACGACGCAUGCGCAACACGCUCAGGAAUUGGUGCGCACGCGCAAGGAUCUACUCGAGCGUUUUUCGGGCAUCAUCGUAGCCUCGGGCGAUGGACUCUUCUAUGAGGUACUCAAUGGAUUGAUGGAGCGCAUGGAUUGGAGGCGAGCGUGCAAGGAACUGCCACUUGGCAUCAUACCCUGUGGAUCCGGGAAUGGAUUAGCAAAGAGCGUGGCCCAUCACUGCAAUGAGCCGUACGAACCGAAACCGAUUCUUAAUUCGACGCUCACGUGCAUUGCAGGCCGUGCCACGCCCAUGGAUGUGGUACGCGUAGAGCUGGCGCAACGCAACAAACACUUUGUGAAGUAUUCGUUCCUCUCUGUCGGCUGGGGACUGAUCGCAGACAUUGACAUUGAGAGCGAGCGGUUGCGAUCGAUUGGUGCCCAACGCUUUACACUGUGGGCCAUCCGGCGACUAAUAACGCUGCGCACCUAUCACGGCAAGCUCUACUAUUUGCCGAUCUCAAAAAAUGCCGCAACACCCACGCCCAGCAACGUCCCAGCCAGCACUGACCGUACAAGCGACGAUCCCCAGGACGAUGCCCAAUGCGAUCCCGAUGUAUCCGGCCACCUUGCCGCUCGACUCUCGUUACCUGUUAACACAACUGAGUUUAAGGAUCUAGCCGACGAUGAUCCGCCGGACGACACAGGCAUCACGCUGCCAGCCAAUGGUGAGGAUCAGGAUGAGGAUCAGUUUGUCGACGCCCUGUCCAUGGAUCGAUCCAUGUAUCGCCAGCAUGGGGACAGUUGGCAUUCGGCUUUCUCUCGCCGCACUGCCUACUACUCGAUUGCGGGACAGAGCAUGCGCUCCAACUGCAGUCGUACGCCGAGUCUAGCCCAGCGCAUCGAAGCCGCCAAUGCCCAGUUUGCGGAACUGGUGCCCACGGGCACAAUGCCAGCACUACAGUUACCUCUGCCCACUGACCAGGGCUGGAUAUGUGAAGAGGGCGAUUUUGUGAUGGUUCAUGCCGCCUACACCACCCAUCUGGCAUCCGAUUGCUUUUUUGCGCCCGCUUCCAAACUAAACGAUGGAAUCAUUUAUCUAAUGGUCAUACGAGCCGGUGUCAGUCGAUCCCAGUUGCUGAACUUUCUGCUCAGCCUAAACGAUGGCAGCCAUUUGCCCGAACCCGAUGAUCCCUUCAUCCGUGUCGUGCCCGUGCAGGCGUUUAGGAUCGUCCCCAGUGGGUCGCAGGGCAUUAUGACAGUGGAUGGAGAACUUGUGGACUAUGGAGCCAUACAGGCCGAAAUCUUUCCCGGAAUGAUCAAUGUGAUGGCCACCAAUGGGCAAUAGCGUACAAGUACCAUUGUUCCAUUACGUUUCGAAGCUCAAUAUUUUUAUUGUAAUUUUUUUUAAACACUUUACACCUUUUUUUUGCUAGACCUAUUGUAGUCUUAUGUGGUAGUAAGUAUUAUGCAAGUUAAUUCUUAACAGUAUACAUACAUACAUAUGUAUUAGUAUGUGUGAUUGGUGAAUCGAUAGAUGGAUUAUGUUAUAAUUAUUAUUAUUAUAUUUCUGUGUGUUAAAUGUGUGUUUGAAAUCCACACAAAUAAAAGGCCUCCAAGGCAUUAGCCCCCA